AUGGCUGACCAAGAAAUACCUGAAUCUCAAGCUCAACGCGUUAGAUCUGAUACUCAUGAAUCACGUUCUGAAAAAUCUUAUAAAGCAGCUGCUCAUAAUCCGACCGUGUCUCACGAAGCUAGAGUAAGCGCUGCGAACAAGUUAUCCGAACUUCAUGAACAACGCACCGGUGAGAAAAUCGACCCUCAUCACGAAGCAUCUAUUGGUGAUAAAAAAGCCGAAACCCGUGACACUCAACAGUAA